UAACGUUUCAUGCAAACGUACCCAAUGCACACGUGCGCGCGAGCGGACCAUUUGUUGACGAUCCUUAAACCGUCAGUCAUCAUGUCAAGUUGUUCUCUUUGAUUGUUAUUUUUAUUAUUUUUCUGUCCGGCGAACUUGUGUGUUACGAUGUCGUCCAGCAAGAUAUUUCUACAGAACCGAGCGCUUGGAUAUGUUAGUAAUGAGAUUCCACUUGUCACCCGUUAUAUAAACCUUAGACGAGAAAAUUUAAUAGUUACAUCUGUUGGCCGUGCAUUUCACACAUACAGUUCAGAUCGAUUCCAACUUCUUUCUGUCAGUCCUCAACAUGAAGCAAAUAUCACAUGUUUAGCUGCAGAUUGUUACCUUGUUUAUACCAGUUGUGAAGACCAAAUAUAUGCAUGGCGGCGUGGUGUAGAACUAAAACAUACAUAUAGUGGCCAUAAAGCAGCAAUUAAACUAUUAUUUCCAUUCGCUGUAAAUUUAGUGUCUAUUGAUGAACUAGGAAUAGUAAAAGUUUGGGAUAUAAAAACUGAGAGUAUAUACAAAGAAAUACAAUUAAAUAUAACAGCAACUACAAUAUGUCAUCCACCAACUUAUACUAAUAAAGUACUAAUUGGUUCUGCUGAAGGAAAACUACAGUUAUGGAACAUAAAAACAGGAUCUAUGAUUUAUGAAUUUAAAGGUUGGGAUAGCAGUGUGACCAGCUUAGAACCAGCUCCAGCUGAAGAUAUGGUAGCAAUUGGAUUGAAAAAUGGCAAAAUUAUUUUACAUAAUCUAAAAUUUGAUGUUUCUAAAAUGACUUUUGUUCAAGAUUGGGGUUCAGUUACACGCAUCAGUUUUCUAAUAAAACGACAGUUAAUGAUGACAGGUAGUCCAAAAGGCACUGUUGUUGUAUGGAAUCUUGAGGAAGGCAAAGUUGAUAGUUUAAUUGUCAAAGCACAUCAUGGACCGAUUUGUGGUCUUCAGUGUUUACCCGAUGAGCCUUUACUUGUUACUUCAUCUUCAGACAAUUCUCUUAAAAUGUGGCGUUUUGACAUGUCUGACGGCUCUGCUAGUUUGUUUAAAAUACGCGAAGGACAUUUCAAGCCUCCUGUUUCUAUUCGCUUCCAUGGAGCUAGUGGUGCUAGUAUAUUAAGUGCUGGCAAUGAUUCAACAUUACGUGUCUUCAAUACAGUCACUGAAAUUGCAAACAAAAGUUUUGGACGUGCAUCAUAUAACCGAAAAAUUUCUAAAAAACGUGGAAAUAAAUGGGCAGAUCCUUUAACAAUGCCACCAAUAACUUCAUUCACUUCGGAGACCACUCGAGAUAAAGAAUGGGACAACAUAGUAGCUGUACAUAGAGGCAUACCUACUGUAACAACAUGGUCAUUUGAUAAGAAUAAAAUGGGAGAACAUAAAUUGUGUCAUGAAAGAUUUAAGAAAAACGUCAGUGGACAAAAAGGCAUUAGUGCUAAUUGUGCAUGCCUUACUCAUUGUGGUAAUUUUGUGGUCAUUGGUUAUAGUUCUGGCCAUAUAGACAAAUAUAAUGUUCAGUCAGGUUUACAUAGAGGUACAUAUGGAAAUCCAACUGCUCAUAAUUGUGUACGGGCAGUUUAUGUAGAUACUCUUAAUCAAGUAAUGAUAUCUGGUGGUUCAGAUACAUUUUUGAAGUUCUGGAAUUUUAAAAAAUGUGACUUGUUAGCUAAAUUGGAAAUAGAUGACACUGUUUCAUUCUUCAGUUGGCAUUCAGAAAGUUCCUUUUUAGCAAUAGCUUUAGAUAAUUAUGAUAUAUGCUUGGUUGAUACUGAUACACGUACUGUUGUACGAAAGUUCAGUGGUCAUCAUGGUCCAUUAACUGAUUUAACGUUUAGUCCAGACUCCAGAUGGUUGGUUACAUCAGCGAUGGAUUCAACUAUUCGUACUUGGGAUAUACCUUCAUCAUCAAUGAUCGAUAUACUUAAAGUUGAUACACCUUGCGUUUCGUUGACAUUCUCUCCAACUGGUAGUUAUUUAGCUACUGCUCAUGCUGAUCGUUUGGGUAUUUAUUUAUGGUUUAAUAAAACACUAUACACUCAUGUUAGUUUACGGCCCAUCAUUGAAGAAGAUCAGAUCACAGAACCACUUCCAUUAACUGGCAUAAACCAAGAAUCUCUCGAAUGCCUUACUGUUGAAAAUGAAGAUAAAUACACCCCUAAAGAACAAAUUGAAAACAAGAUUACUAUGAGUGGUCUGGAUGAUGCUAGAUGGCAAAACAUACUGAAUUUAGAUGCUAUCAAAAAACGAAAUAAACCGUUAUUACAACCUAAAGCACCAGUUGCUGCUCCGUUUUUCUUACCCACAAUUCAAUCAUUAAACUUCGAAUUUGACAUAGAAGAUGCACUAAGUAAAAAAGAAAUCAAUAAGAAAAUUGACCCCAAAACAAUAACCCAAACCGUUUUUGCUCAAAAAUUAUUAAAAGCACAAACAUUAAAUGAUUAUCAAGCUUUAUUUGAUCAAUUAAAAUUGAUGGGACCUUCUGCUUUAAACUAUGAAGUACGAUCUUUAUCACCAGAAGCGGGUGGCACAUUUGAACUAAUGAUUAAGUUUUUGGAUUUAUUGAAACAAAUAUCUGAGAACAACAAGGAUUUUGAAUUAUCACAAUCUUAUUUGGGUGUAUUUUUAAAAUACAAUGGACGUGUAGUGGCCCAACAACCAGAAGCAUUAACUCAUUUAGAGCAAAUAUCAAAAAAUAAUCCUUGGGAAAAAUUACAAAAUGAUUUUUUAUUAUGUCUUAGUAUUGUUGAAUAUAUGAAAAAUAACUAA